AUGACUUCCCACACCUCAAUCGUUCUCUCCAACUGGGAUAAAUUCCUCGCGGCGAUUGCCGCCCCCCAGACCUCUCCCGUCGUGAUUGAUGGGACUUCUCUCGAUCUGGCGAGCGUUGUUGCUGUUGCACGAUACAAUGCCCAUGUCCUGCUUUCUAAAGACUGCUUACCGCGCGUGGAGAAGAGCGCGAGAGACUUGCUUGCGAAAUUGGAUGCUGGUGAUAGUAUUUACGCCGUCAAUACCGGCGUCGGAGGCAGCGCGGACACGCGCACAAACGCCGUCGAGGACUUGCAGCAGGCCAUCAUCCGGAUUCUGAAUUGCGGCAUCAUCGACGACAGCACUGCGGACGAAUCCUCGACUGACCCGCUAUGUGCACCGACCGGCCAGAACAGAGGAAAUACCACCAUGCCAAUUCCUUGGGUCAAGGCCGCCCAUCUCGUACGCAGCAACUCUCUGGCUAGAGGGAAUUCCGGCGUCCGGGUCGAGCUGCUCGACAGCUUUGUCCGACUUCUCCAAAAGAAUGUGGUCCCCCAGGUGCCUCUGCGAGGGAGCAUUUCCGCGUCAGGAGAUCUGAGCCCGCUGUCUUAUCUCGCUGGCGCGUUGCAAGGCAACCCUGGAAUCAAGGUCUGCUAUGGAGAAAAGAUCGUCAAUGCCGAUGUUGCUCUUAAAGAAGCGAAUAUCCCCCCCGUUCAGUUCGCGCCCAAAGAGGGCAUUGCUUUGGUCAAUGGCACGUCCUUUUCGGCUGGUGUCGCGGCCCUGGCGAUGCAGGACGCACACCACCUCGCCGUCCUCGCUCAAGUUCUGACCGCAAUGGCCGUCGAAGGGCUUAAUGGCACUGACGAGAGCUUCGAUUACCAUUUCGCCCAAGUCCGUCCACACCCGGGCCAGACGGAGGCGGCGCGGAAUAUCCGUCACUUCCUCAGGGACUCCAAACUGGUCCGCAAGGCUGAUGGUGAAAGCUAUCAAGGCCUUCGUCAGGACCGUUAUGCCCUUCGAACGGCUGCGCAGUGGAUGGGCCCUGAACUCGAGGCUCUCGUCGUCGCCCACCGGCAAGUCGUGACCGAAUGCAAUUCCAUCACAGACAACCCCCUCGUCGUCGAGCCUGGCGCCAAAGUCAUCCACGGAGGCAAUUUCCAGGCCAUGGCAAUCACGUCCGCCAUGGACAAGACGCGAUCCGCGCUGCAGACGCUGGGCCGCAUGCUCUUCCAGCAGCUCACGGAGCUGAUGAACCCCGCCACGAACAACGGUCUUCCACCCAAUCUGACAGCGGACGAGCCCAGCUGUGACUUUUUGAUGAAGGGCAUGGACAUCGCUGCCGCGGCAUACCAGUCCGAACUGGCAUUCCUGUCGCACAGCGUCGUGCCGUUCGUCAUGGUCGCCGAGCAAGGAAACCAGUCGCUGAACUCUCUGGCGCUGAUUUCUGCAAGAUACACCCACGCGGCGCUGGACGUGUUUGUGCAGCUGUGUGCCACUUCGUUGGUGGCGUUGUGUCAGGCGCUGGACCUGCGUGCAGUCCAGCAUCGCUUCUUCGCUGCUUUCGAGCCUGUUUUCGCGAGAAAGACCUCGCAGUGGAUGAAAUCGUGGCUUGAUGCGCAGCAGGCAGAAUCCGUUCAAGUGAGUCUGUGGCGCCAAUUCCGGUCCGAGUUUGGCCGGCUUUCGAAUAUGGACCUGUCUCCUCGAAUGAAGGCGGUAAUGGCAACGCUGCACGCGUCUGCCAGCAGCAAAAACGACGUUCAUGACGCAGGCUUCCACGAGGAACUCAAGCUGUGGGCAGAAAGCACCGCGACAGAAGCGGUUAACACUUUCAACGAGACAUUGAACGGACAUAGCGUCUCUGACACACUGCCUCUCCUAGGCGCCGCAUCGCGUCGGAUAUACCGCAGUGUGCGAGAAGAGCUAGAAGUGCCAUUCAUCCGGGCCGAGAAAGCGCCAGCGCCCUCGACCAACAUCAUCACCAUCCCCAUGUUCAAAGGCGCCAAAGCGGGCACGAUGCUGGGGACGUAUACCAGCAGGGUGUAUCGUGCAUUACAAGGAGGAAUCCUGUUGCGUCCGGUCAUGGAGUGCCUGAGAGAUGUCGUAGCAGACAAGGGCGAGGAUGUGCGAGCGAUUUCGUCUGAGACGGCGAACCAGUUUCGUGAAUUCCUCGGUAAGAAGAAAUACGGCAAGCGGUGUCUGACAGAUGAGGAGAAUGGCCCAGUUAGGGAGACGCAGAAGAGGAAAGUGUUGGAAGUCGGUGCUCAGGAGUACAGAUGUUUUGCGUGA